AUGGCGGGCAAGGUGCGGCAGCCCAUUGACGAGGCAGCCUUUGCCAAGUUUGUCACACAGAAUGUGCCCCAGAUCAAGACGCCGAUGGAGCUGAAACAGUUUGGCUUUGGCCAGUCCAACCCGACGUACCUGGUGACGGGCGCCGACGGCCAGCGCUUCGUGAUGCGCAAGAAGCCGCCGGGCAAGCUGCUGUCCAAGACGGCGCACAAGGUGGAGCGCGAGUACCGCAUCAUGCACGCGCUCGAGGCCACCGACGUGCCCGUGCCCAAGACGCACUGCUUGUGCGAGGAUGAGUCAGUCGUGGGCACGCCCUUUUAUGUCAUGGAGUUCCUCGACGGGCGCAUCUUUGAGGACUUUGCCAUGCCGGGCGUCGCCGCCGCAGAGCGCUCGCGCAUGUGGCACGCGGCCGUCGAGACGCUCGCCCGCUUUCACGCCGUCGACGUGGCGGGCGUCGGGCUCGGCGGCUUCGGCAAGCCGAGCGGCUUCUACGCUCGACAGGUGCAGACGUGGAGCGCGAUAUGUGCCCGGCAAGAGGCCGUGGCUGAUGUCGAGACGGGCGAAAAGGUGGGCAGGCUGCCGCACUUUGACGAGACGGUUGCCUUCUUCUUGAAGGACGGGCUGCAGCCGCGCGACAGGGCGACGCUGGUGCAUGGCGACUACAAGAUUGACAACCUCGUCUUUCACAAGACCGAGCCGCGCGUCAUUGGGAUUCUCGACUGGGAAAUGUCCACCGUCGGCCACCCCCUUUCCGACGUGUGCAACUUCCUCACGCUCUUCUACACGGCCAAGGACCCGGCGACGGGCCGCCACUCCUCGCAGGGCUUCCUCCCCGGGCGGACACCGGGCCUGCCGACGGCGGACGAGGUGGUGGCGUGGUACGCGCAGGCGUCCGGGUACGACCCGCGGGCGGAGCUGGCGUGGGGCAUGGCGUUUAGCAUCUUCAAGCUGGCGGCCGUGUGCCAGGGCAUCGCGGCGCGAUAUGCGGCGCGGCAGGCGAGCAGCGAGCAGGCGAGGCAGUACGCGGCGACGAGGGGUCCGCUCGCUGAGCUGGCGUGGAAGUUGGUGCAGGAGGCGGGCCGCGGGAGGGGGGAGCGGCUGUGA